GUGGUUGUUGGAAGGUUGUUCGGAUGGACGGAGAGGUGCAAUCAAUAAUAUUGGGAUUCUCGGAACUGCCGUCGUUCUUCAUCUUAUCUGCAUUCCUAUAAAGCCUUGCCCGGUCAACGAGGAGCCGCUUGUACACGAGGACUCGACCGCCUCUCCAACACAUGCCCCAUCCUUGCAUGCGUCUUCACCCCACCUGCAGGACUUCUAAAACACCUUUCCGAGCUAAACAUAUAUCAUGUCAUUCCCUGCACCCGUUCCUCGUCCUCCCAUUGCUCCUCCAAUGCCAGUUAUCCCCCCGCUCACUCCCUCCCACGACCAGGUCCCAACGCUUUACGUUAUCGUUGUCUAUGCUGUCGUAAUAUUCGCUCUCUGGAACAUACCAGGAGCCCGAGUCCUCAUAAAUCCGCUCAAACUACUCACAAUAGGAUGGCAUGAGCUUUGUCACAUAGUCAUGGCCGUCCUGACAGGCGGCAGUGUCACCAAAGUAGCAAUAGACCCUGAUAUGGGUGGAGCCACUCAUGUCGUAGGCGGCAUACCCACCGUCAUUCUUGCUGCCGGAUAUAUUGGGUCAACAUUCUUUGGAGGUGUCCUUAUACUGUCGGGGUUUGAUACCUUGAUAGCAAAAGUCAUGAGUUUUAUUAUCGGCUUGGGGCUGGUAUUACCUCUGACCCUGGUACGGGACAAACUAACGAUAUUGCUUACGCUAUUUUAUGAGGGACUAUUAGUCGGUUUCUGGUUUAUUGACCACGCACAGGCAUUGCGAUGGUAUUGCUUAUUCGUCGGUGUCAUGAAUGUACUCUAUGUCGUCUGGGAUAUCGCAGACGAUAAAUAUUUCCGAAAAGCAAACGACUCUGACGCGACACAAUUCUCACUGCUAUACCCAUCACUGGGCGCGCAUGUAUGGGCAUUCCUCUGGAUCAUAUUCGAGAUCGCCGUUCUCGUAGGGUUCGUCCUCCUCGGAGUAACAUGUUUCAAGAGGACGCCAGACGAAAUGGCUCAGCAAGCUGCGCAAUUCCUCCCAACGCGGUAACACAAGCCCCCAUCAUUACUGACAUGAUCAUCUACCUACCAUCGACGGACGAACCAAGGUGCUUUGUACAAAGGGGAACGACUAUUGACGAUCUACAUACCACACACACGCCAUUGCAUUAUCGCAUGUAUUAUAUCCAUAUAUCCAUCCAUUUCUAUUGUUACGUGGUUUCGACAUUUUUCCGGUUUCCGUGUAGUUUUAUACCUCCUAUGGGGUUUCUUUGCAUAGUAGCUACCCACAUAUCCCUCACUCCCUUGCGUUUGGUUCAUCGUGUAAGAUAGGAUAGGCAAUACACAUUGACAAUUCGUCAUGUUGCG